AUGGAUUCCAAGCCUUCACCAACUCCAAAAAGUGCCAAUCAAACCCCUAAUAAACCGAGACAGAGAGACUUUUUGAAUCAUUUAGAGGCUUACCUUGCAAAACGAGAUGGGGUUGACAAGCUCCUCAAGAUCUCACGUUACGCAAGCAAGAUCAUCUUAGCCUCAUCCGUCCUCCCGGAAACCUUAAUCUUAACGAAACGACUCAAGAGUUUCGAGUCAAGUGUUGGACUCAGUCGCAAAGCAUUUCGACUUGGGAAAUUUGUUCAAGAUAUCAACGCGUUAAGAGACUCUCAUUUUGAUUCAAAACAAGAAAUCAUUCUCUCGAUCAUUGCCUAUGGAGGUGAAGGUUUGUAUUAUUUCGUCGAGCAGUUUGUUUGGUUGGCUAAAUCGGGCUUGAUUGAUAGCAAACACUCCAAAAGUUUAGGAAAAAUUAGCGCGUUGGCGGAGUUUGUUGGGUAUGUUGGGAGUAUUUCUUUGAAAUUUAGAGAUUUAAAGAAAUUGAGUGAAGAUGAGUUGUGUCUGGAAUCCUGCAUUAAAGUUGCAGUUACCAGAGGGGAUGAGUGUCAAGGGGAAGAGAGGAGAUUGUGGAAGCUGAGGGAGAAGAAGUUGAUGAAGAAAUUAUCGAUCGUGCAGGAUUUUGCUGAUGGUUUGAUGGCUCUGAGUGAUAUUCGUGACGGCAGAGGGCGGUUUUCGGGGCCGCUUUUGGUAUCCUGUGCAGGGCUUUUAUCUGCUCUAAUUAGUACUCAUAAGAAUUGGGUCUCUUGCCGAGUUUGA